AUGGAUUGUGAGACUCAUAAAGAUAGGAUUAGCGAUCUUCAAGAAGGCCUUCUGUCUCACAUCUUGUCUCGCCUUCCAACAAAGGAUGCUGUGCGCACCUGUGUUUUAUCCAAGACGUGGGAGAUGAAGUGGAAUUGUAUAUGGAGUCUUGAUUUCUACGGUAAAUUGCUUUACUUGAACCAGGUGAUAGACAAGGAGAGAUUUAGUAGUUUCGUUACAAAAGUACUUAAUCACUGUGGAAAUACAAUAUCUCAGAAUUUUGGGCUCAUAUUGUCUCAAAAGUAUGAUCCAAAUCAUAUAGUUGCAUGGAUUUCUACUGCACUGGAUCAUGAUGUCAAGAGCCUUUAUCUACAUUACGAUCGAAAAGACCGCGCUUUGAUCUCCCGAGUUAUUUUUUGCAGUGCAGAUCAUUACAGGAAGUAA